AAGAGAAACAACAAACAGUAUUCUGUGUGCACUCGGUACUAUUUAUUUCUUGGCAAAUCAAUAACUGCAUUUGUAGAGAGCGAACGCGCUGCGCAAAAGUGAAAACUCAAUCAACGAACGAACGCAUAGAAAAAAGCAAACGCACCAAAAAACCAAAAAAAAAAUAAAAGAAAUACAAGACUUGGUUAACAUACACACACACAAACACACAUACAUUCCCGCCACGUUAACUGAUUUGCUGCCAUGUGCCGCUAAGCCAAAUUAAUGAUAACCAAGAUGAUGAGAUCUAUGCUGCUUGCCUGUGCUGUACUGAGCGUUUGCCUGUCGCUAACCGUUGCCUGCUCAUCGCGUGCCAUAUCCAAGCCACGUCCGGAGGCGCCACCAACUCCGCCGCCGGAUAAUGUCAUAGCAUUGACAACGCCUUCGCGUCCGAACAUCACAUUCCCCAUCUACCACUGUCCGCCGACAUAUGCCGCCUGGUAUUGCCUCAAUGAUGCCACCUGCUUCACCGUGGAGAUUCACAACGAGGUGCUCUACAAUUGCGAGUGCGCUUUAGGAUUUAUGGGACCACGUUGCGAGUACAAGGAGAUCGAUGGCUCCUACUUGCCCACACGGAAUCGUGUCAUGUUGGAGAAGGCGAGCAUUGUCAGUGGUGCAACACUCGCCGUCAUCUUUAUGGUCAUGUUCUGUGUCGUACUCUAUUUGCGACACGAGAAACAGGCCAAACAAAAGUUGCAUGACAGUGGCACCACCGAUGUGGCUGACCUGGGAUUCGAGAAUGCCGGCGCCGAUGAAGUUGAUGGCCUAAAACCAUUGCGCAUAGCGCGACGACCAUUUGGGCCACAUCAUAGUCGCAUUUUAAGCUUGGAGCAGGCCUAUCUGCAGUCGGCUUCAAGCCACGAAAGAGCAAGGCAUUAAACUACAACUAACAACAACUGCAGCGAAUGUCCUUUUACUUCUUUAACCUGUUUCUGUUUUAACUGAUUUUGUUUUUUUUUUAUGAUUUGUAACUUUGGUAACUUUUUAACCAACUCGAUAUAGUAUUAAGCUAUAGUAUUAUUAACUGAACGCUGGAAAUAACGCAAUGCAAUUUUGGCAGCUAGCCGCCCAUUUGAAACUAAUUUAAUAAUUAUUUAAAUUAAUUAUAUACAGUACUAUUUUAUGACGCCGCGUUAACAAUUAACGUUAAAUAAAAGCGAGAACAAAUCGAAAAACUAAAAGA